ACCAUUCGACAGUUUUCGGGGAGGGAAGUCUAUCUAAAUUUUAAGUCAGCCGGAACGAUCAUAUCGCAUAUAGAUUUCCUUGAACGAGUUAGCUGGGGGAUCGAACGAGGUUCCCACUGUGGAAGUAUUUUACUCAGCUUGGAAGCAAAUAUCGUCGUAAGGUGCUAAUACAGUUCGUCUAGCCAGCAAAGCCGUGGACAAAUCGACAAUGACCUUACUCGUCAUCUUAAUGACAGGAUUUUUCUUGCACCAAGUAAAAGGCCAUCCGUGUAGUACGACUGGUAUUUACGGAAUAGCUGACUGCCAGUGCAACUUUAUGGAGGCCUGUGAUGUACAAGAGAACCCGAAACCCAACUUAACACGAUACUUGCCAACAGGCGUGGAUCAGCUCGGGCUUGUCGAGGGAGGACAACAAAACCUGGCGUAUUUGUGUGAAGGUGCUGGCGCAGUGGGCAUUCUGUAUGACUGCAAUAACCGAAUUCCUCUCUAUGCUGCCACCGUGAUUAACGGGACCCAGCUAUCGGGAAAGAGCCUCGGGGGUCGACCAAAUAUUAAAUUUUCACUUAGCAGAGAACUCCAUCGAAGUUUUCAGCAACGAAAUGGAGAUUACAAAGAUGCUUCAAAGCGAGAACUUUGCUAUUUAUCUUUACAAAAUGGGAGCAAGUACGUCGUCGAAGAAGACUGGUUAAAAGCAAGUAAAAACCUUUCCGAGACUCUGCUCUGUCCUGGAGGGUCAGUUGUCAAAACAUCAGUUCACCGCGGACACUUGAUUGCCUCACAGUAUGGCCGCAACAAUCAAGCAAAGAAAAGAGCAACUUUCAAAUACACCAAUGCUGUCCCCCAGUUUGGAGUGUUUAAUUCGUACCCUUGGAGAGUCUGUGAGAGCCGACUCAUUACAUGGGGAAAUCAAAACUGUGCUCAGGUUAGAGGAGCAACGGAUGUUCGGUUAUUUAUCGUGGUUGGUGCUAUCCCAUCGACAGUACGUGGAUCCUCGAAACAGAGAUAUUUUGGCAAAAGGGGGUUCAGUGACCACAAAGAUACUAGCAAUUACCGGGUGAACGUGCCUAGUGGCAUGUGGACCGCUGCCUGUUGUAGUUAUAGCAUUAACGGAACAUUGCAAUAUCGCAGCACGGCCUUCUGGAGAGAAAACAAUCCAGGAAACGCGCCAUGUAAAAGGACAGACGUAGGCGACUUAACGAGAUGGUUGUCCGGAUGCAUUCACGGUGGCACCAAUUUAUUUCCGCAAACUCCUCAGUGCAACAAUAUUGGAAAUUAUAUCCGUCUGCCGUGAUAAAGACACUAGACACAGCGAACAUAGAUUAACAAAGGUCACCAAAAGCUUUGAUGGAGCUUAUUAAAUUUCAGCAUGUAGCUAAAUGUUUCAUUUUUUAGACCUGGGUCAAGUCCAGUAAGUCUGUAGAAACACCGGGCUUGUGAUCAGGCUUGUGAUCACGCUUGAGCCCACGUUUAUAUUGGAGCACUCCUUUACAUAUUUGGUUUUAAACUCGAUAGUGUGAUGAGAAAUAAAUUUUUAGGCAGUUCGAUGUUUAAAUUUUAUAUCUGGACUUGCUAAAUUGCAGUUAGCAUCACUCAUCCCUGAUCUAAAUUUGACUUCCAUGGAAAUAGAUAUGUGACAAAGUAAAUAAAGUUGGUGCUUCUGAGAUAAACUUCUUUCCUACUGAAAUAAUACUGCUGUAAUGACACAGGUCAGAUACGUAGAGGCGUGGACGACAAUACCGAGUUUUCCAGGUUGUUUGAACACUUGGUGAACCUAUUUGAUUAUAUAUUCUGAUACAUACAUAUCCGAUACAUAUCUGUUUAUCCGCGCACUAGAGCAACGCGAA